AUGGAUAAGCAACUAAAUAACUUAUUUGGGAAUUCUAAUAAUCCUGUAAUGCCGAAUUGCCAAAGUUACGAAAUGGCAAUGCUUAUUGCAGUUAUAUUAGCUGCAUUUACUGUUCUAUUAUCUUUACUUCCUAUGUUUUAUCAAUCAUCUAGUCUUAAUAGAGAGUUAAAAGAAAUCAACACGUGGAAUAAAAAACUUGAUGAAAGUUUACAUAGUAAAGAUGGAGAUGGCAUAGAAACAAUGGGUCCAGAAUAUUUAGUUAAUCCAGAAGAUGAAUUGUUAUAUGGAAGAAAAAAUGAAAUUGAAGAUUCAGAUGAAGAAUAUGAAAUAUAA